UGGAGGGCUUUCUACCCCGGAAGUUUCCGAAGCACGUUGUACUGUGCAGAGUGUUUACAAUUCAGUCUGACAACCGGCGUGCGUUGCUAUUAUCGGUGGAUUACUCAGGGACGACUCGUUUGUAAACGUUACCCGAGUACUUUAUUUGUUUCAGAUGAAAAUCUGCAUUACAGAAAAUGAAGGUUGUUGCUCUGAUAAGUGGUGGCAAGGACAGCUGCUACAAUAUGAUGCAGUGUGUUGCUGCAGGACAUACAAUAGUGGCUCUUGCCAACCUGCGGCCCGCUAACCACAAAGAUGAGUUGGACAGUUACAUGUACCAGACCGUGGGUCACCAGGCCAUUGACCUCUAUGCGGAGGCCAUGGACCUUCCCAUGUACAGACGUACCAUCGAGGGAUCCAGUCUAGACAUUGGGAGGGAGUAUAGUCAACGAGAAGGAGAUGAAGUGGAGGAUCUCUACCACCUCCUGAAGCAGGUUAAGGAAAAGGAGAGCGUGGAAGCGGUGUCUGUCGGGGCCAUUCUGUCUGACUACCAGCGAGUCCGAGUGGAAAAUGUGUGUUCUCGGCUCCAGCUCCAGCCUCUGGCCUACCUGUGGCGCCGGGACCAGGAGUCGCUGCUCUCAGAGAUGAUAUCAUGUGGCGUCCACGCCCUCCUCAUCAAAGUGGCCGCCUUCGGCCUGGACCCUGAGAAGCAUUUAGGGAAGUCUUUGGCGGAGAUGGAGCCUCAUCUGAAACAGCUCUCGCAGAAGUAUGGCGUGCACAUUUGUGGCGAAGGGGGCGAAUACGAGACCUUCACGACCAAUUGUCCUCUUUUCAAGAAAAAGAUUGUUAUUGACACCAUGGAGACGGUGAUCCACUCGGCAGACGCCUUUGCUCCGGUCGGCUACCUGCGCUUCACUCAAAUGCACACGGAGGACAAAGGCCAGGGCCCCACAGAGAGUCCUUUGCCCCUCGGUACUUGUCCUUGCCAAAGCGCCAUUGACAAGAUGACUGAGGAGGCGGAAUAUGCUGGUAAAACUGAAGCCAUCCAGGAAGAAUUUACAUCAAACGGCGACCUUAGUUGUCAGCGAGGUCACGAGCCCACGCCUGCCCACUCUCCCCGCAGCGUGGCGGGCUACCAGUGGAUAACUGGCAUCUCUGGCGCGCGCCGCGAAGAACAGGAGGAGGAGGAGGAAGAGGAGGGGGAGAGCGGUGGAAUCCGAGCCCAGACCGAGUGGGCUUUCACCAUGCUGCAAGCUGAGCUGCAGAAGGGAGAAUGGGAGAUGAAGGACAUUGUUCUGGUGCACCUCUACGUCAGAGACAUGGCUGACUUCAAGGAGCUGAAUGCCAUCUACGUGUCUCACUUUGGCUCCAGUCCUCCUGCCAGGGUGUGUGUGGAGGCCCCUCUGCCUGUGGGACUCCUCCUGCAGAUGGACUGCCUGCUCCACGCCUGGGCUCAGGCUCCCUCAGAGGGCUGCUUCCAGACCAGGGAGGCCAUGCACGUCCAGAGCCUCUCCCACUGGGCCCCAGCCAACAUCGGCCCCUACAGCCAGGCCGUCAGGGUGGACGACGCAGUGUUCUGCGCCGGCCAGAUCGCGCUGGUCCCCUGCAGCAUGCAGCUGGUGGCGGGGGGAGCUGCGCUGCAGGCCCAGCUGUGCUUCAGCCACAUGGCGCAUGUGCUGGAGGCCGUGAGCUCCAGCCUCACGCUCCGCCAUGCCCUGCAGGCCCACUGCUAUGUCACCCAGCCUGGGCACGUCCCCGCCGUCAGGGCCACCUGGCAGAGGAUACUGGAGCACGGCAAGGAGGACUGUUACGGGGAGCCAGAGGUGCAUUGUGGGCCGUUGGUGGUGUCCGUGGUGCCUUCCCUGCCCCGGGGAGCUGCCGUGGAGCUGCAUGUCACGGCGGUGCAGGACGAUCCCACAGAACGGAUUUUUUCCCAGACCACCACCCAGGUGCCCGGUGCCAUCCUGUCGUGCCAACUCGUGCAGGCCAGCAAUGGCCACAGCGCCACCCUGUCCCUGGCCGUGAGGACGUCCUCAGACUCGGCCGAGCCGGAGGUCGUUCUCAAAGCCAUCAGCAGCGCUUUUCAGGACUCUGUUAAGAAACUGGACCGCCAGCUCUCUCCGCUGUGCUGCAGGGCAUUCUUCAAGCUCAGCACUGCUGUAGGCCAACAGCUGGCUGCAGGUCUGGGGGAAUGCUUGAAGCAGUCUUGUAGCCAAGCGAGUCCAGCUGUGGUUCUGGUUCCGGUUCGAGAUCUGCCAGACAGAGGAGUCCUCCACCUGUCCUGCUGGCUUUGUGUGUAGAAGACUCCUGACUAAGCGCACACACACACUACUCACACACCAACUGACUCCAGUACUCAGCUGUGCCCAGUCCUACCUCAAGGACCCUGUGUGAAGAGAGGAACAACUUUUAUACCCAUCAUGAACUGCAUCUUUUCAUUCCAUCAGAGUUACCCAUCAUAACACAUAUCUCAUGUACUCUUGGUGAUUGCUUUUUUUUUUUUUUUUAAGUAAAAAAUGUAAACCA